UUCAAUCUGAAAUGUUUUGCUAUCUAUGCUGCAUACAAUAAUGUUUAUUAUUUAUUUACUAGUAUUCUACUUGUUUCUUGCUGCUACGAAGUUUACCAUUAUAAACACAAAAAAAUGUACCUUCAUAUAUAAAACUAAACUAUAUUGUCUGUAAAAUACAGUUGAAAUAAAAUUAAUAAGGCUUUUUCAUAGGUACAUCACUCAAGAUUAAAUUAAAAAGUGAAAAUGUCGCACCGGAGAUCAAGUGUUCAAUCAAAUGAUAUGUUUCCAAGGGAAAUUGAUAUAGAAAUUUGUUUAAAAACAUUAAAAAUAUACCAGAAAAUGGAAGGAGAUGUCAACUGCGUAGUGUGGGAUGCAUCAUUAGUUUUAGCAAAAUAUUUAGAAACCAUUUGUCAGAAGAAACCUGAUUUCUUAAGCGGCAUCAAAGUAUUAGAACUAGGUUCAGGAUUAGGUGUAGUUGGACUCACUGCAGCGACUUUAGGUGCCCAAGUAACACUCACAGACUUGCCAGAAGCUUUGCCACUUCUUCGGUUAAAUAUAAAUGAAAAUAAGUCAAAAAUUGCUAGUAUGGGCGGUUAUGCUAUUGCAGAAUCUUUGGUGUGGGGUGACAGUGGCUCAGAGAUCCUAAAAGAAGAGUUUGACAUGAUUGUAUUAGCAGAUUGUGUAUAUUAUGAGGAGGCUGUAAUGCCCUUAAUUCAAACUCUUCAGUGUUUAAAUAACACAAUAACAAAGAAGCCAAUUAUUUACUUAACACAAGAGUUAAGAGAUUCAGAUACCCAGAAGAGAUUAUGGGAGACUUUUUAUGAAAAGCUAACUGAAUUCUUCUAUGUGGAUAAAAUUCCUGAAGAACAACAACAUGCAAAUUAUAGAAGUUCAGAUAUAGUUUUAUUAAGGAUAAAUAAAAAAUAAUAUUUCUAUAGUAAUAAGUAAUAACACAUAUUCUUUAUUGUUACAAUGACGAAUUUAUGUUUAAAUAGCUUUUCUUUUCAAAUAACUGUUAUAAAUUGUCACAAGUUUGAAUUGUCAGAAUACAAUGGAGAUAAGCUAAACUCUGUAUAUUUAUAAAUGGAACCUAAGAAGUAAUUAUAAGUAUUAAAUUCUGUAUAGUACUAGAAAUGUUUAUUAGAAUACUAGUGACCUGUUCAUAACAGAUAUUAUUGAUAUACAGGGUUCCUUGAAACUCGACGUAUUCCCAUCAAAUAUUAGGUUGAAAGACAUACCACAAGCCAUUUUUUUAAAUAAUGUUGUAAAGACGCUGAAUUGUAUAUUUUUUUUAAAUUCAGAAUACCUCGAAAACAUUAACUUUCGGUCAAACAUUAGAGGGUCAAAAUUAUUGCAUUUAAGCUCCUCUAUCUCGUCCUGACGGGAAUACUUCA